CACACAUGACGUCACGGACACGCGCCUCUUCUGCUUGUUGGGAACGAUGGCUGUAACCCGGUCUUUGCGGCUGCUGUCGCUCGCGGUACGGCUGCUCCUGGAACCCCGCCGUAACCUAGCGGUCCGCGGUUCGGACGAGCCCUUGCCGGUGGUACGCAUUCCGCGAGCUCUGCAGCGGCGGCAGGAGCAGCGACAGGGCGGUGGCCGGAGUACCCCCCGGCCGGUGCUGGUACGACCUGGUCCACUCCUGGUCUCGGCGCGGCGGGCGGAGUUGAACCAGCCCGCGCGCCUCACUCUGGGCCGUUGGGAGCGCGCGCCGCUGGCUUCGCGUGGCUGGAAGCAUCGGAGCGCGCGAGGGGACCAUUUCUCCAUUGAGCGCGCGCAGCACGAGGCGCCCAGCCUGCGGAACCUCUUGUCCUCCGGCAGCUUGGCUGACCUGGGUCUGGAGCCCCGGCUGCUGCUGGCACUUCAGGAUGCUGCCCCCGAAAUCGUUCGGCCCACCACGGUGCAGUCGAAGACCAUCCCCCCACUGCUUCGCGGUCGCCACAUCCUUUGCGCCGCUGAAACCGGCAGUGGCAAGACUCUGAGCUACUUACUACCCAUGUUUCAAAGGCUCUUGAGCCGUCCAGACUUGAUCUCCCGAAGUACCGCCUCUCCCCGGAGCCUGGUUCUUGUGCCUUCCCGAGAAUUGGCGGAACAGGUGCAGGCUGUAGCCCAGUCAUUGGGUAGUUCCUUGGGCCUGCAGGUGCGGGGACUAGGGGGUGAUGGUGGUGGCAUGAGUAGGCUCAAACUGCAGCUGUCCAGACUACCGUCAGCAGAUGUACUAGUGGCCACUCCAGGGGCUCUAUGGAAGGCCCUGAAAAGUCAGCUGAUCAGCUUACAGUAUCUCUCCUUCGUGGUGUUGGAUGAAGCGGACACACUGCUGGAUGAAAGCUUCCUGGAACUGGUGGACUACAUCUUGGAAAAGAGCCCUAUAGCAGAAAGCCCAGCUGACUUAGACGAUCCCUUCAAUCCCAAAGCACAGUUAGUGCUGGUGGGAGCCACAUUUCCUGAAGGUGUAAGCCAAGUGCUGAGUAAAGUCACCAACCUAGACUCUCUCACCACCAUCACCAGUGCCAAGCUCCACUGCAUCAUGCCUCAUGUCAGACAGACAUUUAUGAAACUAAAGGGAACAGAGAAAGUGACAGAGUUGAUUCAGAUCCUCAAGCAGCAUGACAAAGCAAAAAAGACUGGACCCUCAGGAACGGUCCUUGUGUUCUGCAACAGCUCCAGCACUGUGAACUGGCUGGGAUACAUUCUGGAUGACCACAAGAUCCAACAUCUAAGGCUACAAGGGCAAAUGCCAGCCUCAAUGAGGGCAGGCAUCUUCCAGGGCUUCCAGAAGGGAUCUCAAGACAUACCUGUCUGCACAGACAUAGCUUCACGUGGCCUAGACAGCAUUCAUGUGGAACUGGUUGUCAAUUAUGAUUUCCCCCCUACCCUGCAGGAUUACAUCCACAGAGCAGGAAGAGUGGGUCGUGUGGGGAGCGAGGUACCAGGAACUGUCAUCAGCUUUGUGACCCAUCCCUGGGAUGUGAGUCUGGUUCAGAAGAUUGAGCUGGCAGCUCGCAGAAGAAGAAGCCUUCCAGGACUAGAAUCAUCCAUGAGAGAUCCUUUGCCUCCUUCGCAAGCCUAAUUGCUGAGUGCCUUAAAUGUAAUUCUAGAGCAGGGAUCUUCCUGGGGUGGGGGCAUAACUUAUCAGUUAGGUGGCACUGGGCUGCCCUGUUGCCUUCCUGAGGGCAUGAUGAGCUCUUUGUAGCUUUGAAAAGUAAGCUGCCGGUCAGGAUUGGAGGGUAGUCUGAUAUUCAAAAAAUAAAGUGGAUUUUGACU